UUGUUUAGCGGUUGAGUCUAGAAUGGAUACAGCUAUUGUCAACAUGUACUUUUUGUAGCAGAUUUAGAAUAUUUUUUUACGCAGUUUAGGAUAAUUAACGCAUCAGAUUAGGAUUAUUAGGUUAAGGCUAGGAAAAGAGGUAGGUUUAGCUGAUAUUCAAAACAAUAAUAUACUUUUAUCGACAAUUUGACAAAAGCUGUAUCCCAUCUAGGCAUGUCCUUGUUUAGCUGGCUAUCUCGCUAUUUGUCCUGUAUUUUUAAACGUUUUCUAAUUUUAGCAGCCCGGUUUAUUAACCCGAAUAUUUGGUCUCGGGAAUAAAACAGUAGCACCGAUGACCGACUGCGAGGGACUUCAAGACGUUUCAUGUAGUUUUUACUCUUGAAGAAUAUGGAGGUAGUGGACAGUCCUCUUAACCUCGCCCAUCAGCAGUCCAGGAAGGCAGACCGCUUGUUGGCAGCUGGUAAAUAUGAAGAAGCUAUUUCCUGCCAUGGGAAAGCUGCAGAGCUGCUGAGGGAAGCCAUGAAGUUAACAGAAUGUGAACAGGCUGGCUUGUCCAUGGCGCUCCAGAGAGACAGCCACGUGAAGCAGCAGCGGCUUAUUGAGGAGAAGUGGAAGAGGACCAGACAGGAGGGCAAUCCCAUGGUCCUCCUGAGCCACCCCUCUACCGACCAGCCCCCCGGCCUCGUGACCAACGAGCCCCCGCCACCAGAGAGGGAGUACGACACCUGGCUGUACCUCCUGAAGAACAAGGGCUCCCCCCCUCCCCCCACACCCUGCCCCGGCAGCAAGGCCCACAAGGAUGAUAAGACCCGUCUGGAGGAGCAGCAGACCACCAUUGCCAGCCUGCGGCGCCACAUAGACAUUCUGCUGGGAGAGAACGAGAAACUGACCCAGGACAACAAGCGCCUGCGAGGGGAGAACAUCCGGCUGAAGAGGGAUGCAGCGGACACAGACUUACUGGAGAAAUCAGAGCUGUGGGUUCUUCCCCAGUCAGAGGAGAGGAGGAACAAGGACAUCUCCAUACCUAACCUGCCCCCUCUGGAGAUGCCCACCCAGGACAUCUCUCUGGAUGACCUGCCUGCCCUGGAGCUCCCCGAGGACAUCCAGCACGAACUGCAGGCGCUGCUGGACAGAGACGACAAGCUGUGAUGAGACAGGCGGACAGACAGCCCAGUACUAACUAACUAAAGGAAGCCUCUCUAAAGAGAGACUGUCCAGACUGGACUGGAAGAAAGCUGGCAAAUCUCAAUAAAAGUGUUUGAUUGGUCGGUGGCCUCAGGCACUAGAUAGCAACCACAAAUGGUCACCGUGACAAGUUGGUAAAGGUCAUUUCUCCAAGUUCUGUCUGUCUCCUCAGUGUCUCUACUAGUGGGUACUACAUCUCGUUCACACACACAAAAAAACAAACUCUUUGCAGAAAUUGUGCCUUUGAAAAUGUCUGAAAUGAAGUCAAAAGGGAGGUGACCAUCAUCAGUGAUCUCCCUGCUUUGAUAACAGGCCUCUAUAUCUGGAGGCCCUGAUUGGUUGACUGGGACGACCUGCUAACCCUCUGAUACCCACCAGGGACGACCUGCUGACCCUCUGAUACCCACCAGGGACGACCUACUGACCCUCUGAUACCCACCAGGGACGACCUACUGACCCUCUGAUACCCACCAGGACGACCUACUGACCCUCUGAUACCCACCAGGGAUGACCUACUGACCCUCUGAUACCCACCAGGGACGACCUGACUGACCCUCUGAUACCCACCAGGGACGACCUACUGACCCUCUGAUACCCACCAGGGACGACCUACUGACCCUCUGAUACCCACCAGGGACGACCUACUGACCCUCUGAUACCCACCAGGGACGACCUACUGACCCUCUGAUACCCACCAGGGAUGACCUACUGACCCUCUGAUACCCACCAGGGAUGACCUACUGACCCUCUGAUACCCACCAGGGAUGACCUACUGACCCUCUGAUACCCACCAGGGAUGACCUACUGACCCUCUGAUACCCACCAGGGAUGACAUGAUGACCCUCUGAUACCCACCAGGGACGACAUGACAGCCACUGCAGUGGAGCCUCUUUGAGCCUCUACAUCCAUAGUGUGUGAGUGUUGAUGUGUUGUUGUGUUGAGCCCCACCAGCUGUCUGCCAGAUGUCUGGUGGGGAGAGUAAGGCUGCAGAAUACCAAGAACUUUUAAAUGAAAACCUGGUUGGAUGCUUCCGGAUUCUCUGCUUAUUCCUGGGAAACUUCCAAACCAGGAUUUCUGUAAAACUAGGUAAUUUAUUGAAGGUUCCCGGAAUUCUGCAGCCCUAGUAGAGAAGAGUAUCACUGAGUGAACCUGCAGUUUAAAUCCUCUCACCUUUCCUUCAUCCCCUCUUCAUCCUCAUCAUUUUUUACCAACAACCUGUGAAGGAGCUGAAGUUUAGAUGUUAAAGCUGAAUGGUGUUUGUCUUUCAAUGCAACGUUUGUUUCUUUGGCAUUUAAAUGUUUCUUAAUAAAUGAAAACAAGCGUA